AUUUGGCCUUUUGGCGUGGUCCGCGUGGAAACAAAACGACAAAAAAAAAAAAAUGCCAACGACCAAUUCCUCCAACUGGUAUUCCCUUCUCUCAUUUCUCUGUCCUCUUCUUCUCUUCCGGUUCCGCUCCGGGCGCCUGCCCUGCUUGGGUUUUGUUGAAUCCUGAUAGGGUAGUGGUUGAAUCCCAUGUUUUCCCAAUUUUUAGUACACAAAUGACAUAUGAAAACCAUCACGAACAACUAAACAAACGUUUGCUACGAAAACCCAAUCAGAGAUUAAUCCUUGGACUUCCCAAAAAAAUAUUAAAAAACAUAAAAAGAUGCCAUCUCCAAUCUUGCCCAUAUCAAACCACCCGUCUUCCUCUGCAUCGGCAUCCACAAUGCUACUUAAAGCUAAGAUCGAUGCUGACCCAUCGACAACCCUCCUCAUUUCGUCGCAAGAAAAGGCUAUUUCCAUUAAGCCUGUCUUACCUAGAUCUUCAAGUUUCAAUAACACAAGCAAUAUUAACAACUCUACUGCUUUUACCAACAACCAACAGCAGAGAAGGCGCCGGACUGCCAGCGAUAGCUCGCUCGCUCUGCUAGCUGAUGAAAGCCCCCGCCAGUCUUUAAGCCGGGAAGUGGGCCAUGCUGCUGCCGAGACAUUUCUCCUCACUCGCUUAAGUUUGAAACUCCUUAGCUAUCUCGGGGUAGGCUACAGAUGGAUCACAAGAUUUCUUGCCCUUGGUUGUUAUGCUUUGCUACUUAUGCCAGGUUUUAUUCAAGUUGGUUAUUACUAUUUCUUUUCCAGACAGGUCCGCAGGAGUGUAAUAUAUGGUGAACAGCCAAGAAAUAGACUUGAUCUUUAUUUGCCUAAAAACAGCCACGGAACAAAACCAGUGGUAGCAUUUGUAACUGGUGGAGCCUGGAUUAUUGGUUAUAAAGCAUGGGGUUCUCUUUUAGGUCAACAGUUGUCAGAAAGAGACAUCAUAGUGGCAUGCAUAGACUACAGAAAUUUUCCACAGGGCACUAUAAGUGACAUGGUGGAGGAUGCUUCUCAGGGUAUCUCAUUUGUUUACAAUAAUAUUGCUGAAUAUGGAGGUGAUCCCAACAGGAUUUAUCUUAUGGGACAGUCAGCUGGUGCGCAUAUUGCUGCUUGCACACUUAUAAAGCAGGCAAUCAAAGAGGCUGGUGAAGGUGACAGUGUUUCUUGGAGUGUGUCCCAGAUAAAGGCUUAUUUUGGUUUGUCUGGCGGGUACAAUCUUUUUAACCUUAUAGAUCACUUCCAUAGUCGAGGUUUAUACCGUUCGAUCUUUUUAAGCAUAAUGGAGGGGGAAGAUUCUUUGCGUCAAUUUUCUCCUGAAGUACUGGUGCAGGAUUCAAACAUUAAGCAUGCUGUUUCUCUUCUUCCUCCUAUCAUUCUUUUUCAUGGUACUGGAGAUUAUUCCAUUCCUGCAGAUGCCAGUAAAAAUUUUGCAGAUACUCUUCGAAGACUUGGAGGGAAAGCAGAAUCCAUAUUAUAUGAAGGAAAGACUCACACAGAUUUAUUUCUUCAGGAUCCCAUGAGAGGUGGCACAGAUGAGAUGUUUGAAGACCUUGUUGCCAUCAUACAUGCUGAAGAUGAAGAUGCCCUUGCAAAAGAUGCAGUGGCGCCUCCAAGAAGACGCCUUGUACCCGAAUUCAUGUUGAAAUUGGCUCAUAAUGUCAGCCCUUUCUAGCCAUUAAAAUUGCUCAUCUGUCAGACCCAAAAUUCAUAUACUAUCAAAUUCACCCAUGUACAUAUCACAAUGGAAGUUUAUUUCCUUCAUUGAUAAGCUUUACCAUGCUUACUUUCCCAUUUCUGUGCCCUUGGUGAAGAGUUUUUCUUCUCAUCCAAAGUUUUUCUUUUUACUUUUUAAAUGAGAAAUCCAUCUGUCCCCUAUUAGAAAUCCUUUACACAGAUUUGGCGAGAAUGUUUAUUAUAGAAUGUAGCCAGGUAGCUAUCUCAUAGAAAUUUGGGACUAAAAUGGUGGAGAACUCAACAUUGCAUUGCUUUGUUAUAGUUUUAAAGGUCAAGCCAGGAGGAUAGGUGUGCCAAAUUAAUUGUUGGCUAGGUCUCUAUCAUAUGUUUCUUGUGGAAUUUUGGGCAUUUGAUUGAGAUUCUAUUCUGAUAGCUUGCUGUGUUGUUACUUAGCGGGUGGCUUGCAGUGGUGGCAUGGGAGUUCUCAGAACCUGAGGUAUGUUUAGAUGGUUCAGGCAAGGCUGUAGGUUUAUUGUUUUGGUUGUCUUGGAAGGAUGAAGGUCUAUUCUUGUUCUUUGGGCUAUUGAACUUUUCCUGGUUGUUGAGUUGUACUUUCGAGUUGUUCGUGCCAUGGAGAGGGUUGAGUUCUAGCUUCUUGUUGAUGAUGUGUUGUGUCUCUCAUGGCGGUCUUUUAUACCUGCAGUUACUCGAUUUGUUCAAAGAGGAGGAUGUUUAAUACUCGGUCAUAAUGGUGGAGUUAUCAUGCUGGGCUACGGUUGUUGUAGAAGUUCGAGUAGCAUAUUCUCUUUCUUUUGCUCAGGUUAGAAGUGUAAAGCAUAAUUCCCUCAACAAAUUAAUAUAAUAAGUUAGAUUAUUCAAUCAUAAAUAUCCUAAUAUACUAGUAGUUAUUUUAUUCGAGGAACUGGCUGCAUAUGUGCCUUCAUGAA